CAAAGAACCGACAUAUUGCGAAAAAGCUUUUCAGGAAGUCAUUUUAAGUAUUGCAAACACAAUCUUUAGUCGCCUCGAUCCUGCUUUUCGUAUACGGCUUGAGCAAAUCUACUGUCGACUGAGAUUGAAAUUACCACCACAAAAGGAAUAUUUGUUCCGCACGCAACCACAGAACGUUGCUAUUGGAUUGACGGUUUUCCACUGCGUAGUUCAGGGCUAUAGUGCGCCUCAGAAGUACAUACUUCAGUCCAUCUGGCUGUGUCAGUCUGACCCUCAUCUCGUUACUAUUACCGGAGAGAUCAAACGAGCACCCAAGUGUGACGAUUGUGGAUCUACGCUGCAAGAGCACCAACGAAUUCGGGCCGUCUCCGAUUUCUGCACCGUUCGCGUAUUCCACGUCGAUAGCUUAAAAACUCCAGUUAGCGUCGGGCGUAUUUUUCAAAGUAUUUCGGUUCGGCUGGCCGACGAUCUCUGUCAACAGUUGCGAUUAGGUUACGAGUACGCCAUUACCGGUGUAUUCAAUCCGGUGAAUCAAGUGUUUAGUGCGUGGGACGUUACAGAGCUUUAAGAAUGGACUCUACGGUAGGGUUGAUGUCUGAUCCAGAGGAAUUAUUUUUAGUGGAAGCCGGUCAUCUAGUGAGUAAUGAAAAUCAAACCUACUACGAAGAAGAUUGUGACGGAUCCAGACAAUUUAGGACAGCCACUAGUCUGGAAAAUCAUUGCGGAACUACUGAUCCAGAGGAGUUGGUUUUAGUGGAAGCCAGUCGUCUAGUGAGUAAUGAAAAUCAAACCAAUUAUGAACAAGAUUAUGAUGGAUUCGGACAAUCGGGGACUAGUUUGGAAAAUCAUUGCAGAACUACUGACAAUUCUCAGCCUAUUUUUAGCCAACGUAGUAUUGAUGAACCUAGAUUUCAGUUCGAGCAAGCCGAUCCCGUUGUAAAAAGAAUUGAUUUACAACAUAGCGAAGAAGAAAUGUCAAAUCUUCUGACAGAACACUAUCCAAUGCCACCUCUAUCGUGGGAACCCUCACAGCCAACAUCAGAACACAACUCGGAAUGUUUGGACAAAUCAAUUCAAUCUACUAUGAAUUUCAGUUCAAGAGAACUCACACAAACAUGGACAUUCUCUCAGAGAUCCACUCCACUGAAGUCUCAGAUAUCACAGAAUACUGAAGACACUAAAUUCGAGAUUUCCAAGUUAACUAAUCCGGUGUAUCAAGAAAUUUCCGCUAUCCCAGCAUCUAUUCGAGAUUUGUACUCCUCUGUGACCGAACAGUACAGUGACUAUUGUUUCUCAUACAUACUUGCAUCUCAACUCUGCCAAGAUACUGUUCCUAUGAAUACGUACAAAACAUUAAAACAAAGUCUUCUGCUGAGUAUUGCUUCCAUCAAUUCGACCACGGAAUCAAAACCUUUUCACGUUGUUUGCUUGGGAGCCGAAACUGCAAUUUCGCAUCUGCUGAUGACCUCAAUUGGCCAGUUGGCUCGUCGAUUUGUUCCUGGAAUGUUGGACACUUUAACAGGCGGUCGUUUCCAUGAGAAUAAUUUUGUGGAAUGUGGUGCAACCACGCUGGCCCGAACAGGUGUUUGCUAUAUCGGCGAUUGGUCUAUGCAAAAACCAAACAGCUCAGCUCGACUCCUGCGGGAAAUUGAAUCUGGCCAGGUUAUAAUCGAAAACCACGCCAUUAGCUAUCCAUUAGAGUGUGCCAUAUGGACCUGUUGGAAUUACACCCGAAAGAGCAAAGAGGAUUUCAGUUCGAUCUUGAUGUUCCUGAAUGCUUUCGGAAUACCCAUUGUUCUUCCAGAGAAAGCACCAGAUUCGUUGAUUCAGUUUUUACUGGAAAAAUCACUGGAUAACGAACCAGAAGAUCAGGAAACUUUGAUCUCCGAGAACGACGUUCGAAUAUUUUUGAACAUGUUGUACUACCAGAAGACUUCCAUUUCCGAAGAAUCGGAAAAACUACUAAAUGAAUACUUUUUAAUUAAAAGACUUAAUACCCCAGGUAAUUCAUCAGAACACAAACCACUCACUUUUAAUGUGUAUCUCUUUCAACAGAAUGUCUCACACACGCAUCAUUGUUAGCCCUUCGGAAACUUACGGAAGCGCAUGCGAAGCUUUGCUUCCGUAACGUGACUUCUCGUCUGGAUGCCGUAGUCGCAAUCACAUUGUGUGAACGUUUCAAUCAUACCGUAUUCACAAAUCCAGACAACUCUGCACCU